AUGGCGCCAGACAGGCCCUCGGACCCGGAGAUCAGCGAGGGCGAGAGGACGCGGCUGGUGCCAGACAGGCAGCCGGAGCCGGAGCCGAGGACGGCGGCCGCCGCGCAGGGCCGCCACCAGGCGCCGCUGGCGAAGAGGAGCUCGUACAGCAACCUGACGCCGUGGGUGGAGACGCUGUUAUUCGUCCACACGUACUUCGCCUACACUUUCGUCUUCUACAUGCUCCUGCUCGUUUUUUACAAGGGCUACGCGCUCGAGUACCCCACGGGCAGGCAGCAGCGGGAGAUGCUGUUGGUGAUGAUUAUUCCUGUGAUGCACCACGCGCAGUUUUACUUCGCCAACGAGGGCAUGGGCAAGGGGUCCCAAAGGGACCUGUGCGUGUUCAUCUUCUUCUGCACGUGCAUGCUGUGGAUUCUUAUGUAUUUCCUGUUCUGGCAGGCUUACGUGGUGCCGCUGGAGUCGAAGCUCUGCUUCGUGUCGGCCGUGCUCGUGGCCGCGGAGGGCAUGUGCGGGGUGGUCAACGUUCUGCAGACCGUCACGUCCCGGUCUCCGUUCACCACGCAGACCUCUGCGGUGUACCUCCAGGUCUUGCUGAACGUGACCACCGUGGCGGCCCUGAUCGCUUUCGAGUGCAUGCCCGAGCCAGAGGAGGAGGUGAUCCACCGCCAGAACCCGAGGCACCUUGUCCCCAAGAUGUGA